CUUUUUCCCUGAUAUGUGAGACCCUCAGGAGCCCUGUUGGCAUGGCAUCUUCCCACCAGCAUCAGCUGGUGCCCAAAAACACAGAGGUCGGCUGUGGCAGCGCAGGAGGAGGCGCCAACAUCCGAAUUAGCAGCACAAAGCGGGUGUCCAUCGAGAAAGAGCCGUCGAGCUGGAGCGAAAGCUGUCAGCGCUGCAAGUACAGCAUCUCGUCCAGCUGCAGUUCGGCCGAAUCCGGGAUCCGCCGGACGGUCGCCAGCAGCCUGCGCGGUCAGCAGACCGUACCCCAGCUCUUCGAGAGGUCGGCGGCGCAAUGCUGGGACCCAAAGUUCGACUCUGCUACCCUGGAGGAGGCGUGUCGGGAGCGCUGCUUUCCUCAGACGCAGAGGCGCUUCCGUUACGUGCUGCUUUACUUGGCGGUUGCCGCCCUCCUCUGGGGCGUGUACUUUGGGGUCAAUGGUUCCAGGUGCCAUCCUGGUAACUUUCUGGCACCGACGGCGGUUUUCUUCAUCCUCUGUCUCCUGCUGAUCCUGUUCACCUUCUCGCGGCCUUACGUCCGCCUCUAUAACCAGGCGUCGCUGCUCCUCAUUGUAAUGACGUUUUGCAUCACGCUGGCGGCGCAGACACAAACCACAGACUUCGCUCAUUUUGAUUUGCAGCGAAGCUUAAAUCGAACAUUAUCGCCACCUGGUGGUGUGGAGGAGUCAGACUCGGUUCCUUGUAUCUCUCCAGUUGGGACGUUUUCUCUGUGUAUGGAGGUUCUGCUGUUGCUCUACAGCAUGCUCCACCUGCGCCUGUAUGCAUCAGUGCUGCUGGGACUUCUGUACUCGGUGCUUUUCGAGACUCUCGGGUGGAUCCACCUGUCCCAAAAUGGUGCCGGAUCGUGGGCUUUAACCCAGGAGGCAACGUUGUUAUGGCUAGUUCCUGGGAAGGUUCUUCUCCACUUGUGCGCCCAUGCGAUCGGCAUCCACUUGUUCAUCAUGUCGGAGGUUCGCUCACGCAGCACUUUUCUAAAGGUGGGACAAGCAAUCAUGCACGGGAAGGAACUGGAGGUAGAAAAAGCACUCAAGGAGCGCAUGAUCCACUCGGUCAUGCCCAGCAAAGUGGCCAACGAGCUGAUGAAGCAAGGAGACGAGGAAAGCGAGAGUUCCGGCAAACGCUAUAGCGCCGGCGCGUGCUCGGCAUCGGCGUCUGCCUCCGGAGCUUCAUCCUCCAGCCCGAAAAACAACAAGCGCAAGAAGACGUCCAUCCCGCGAGGCCAGAUCAUCUUCCGCCCCUUCAACAUGAAGCGCAUGGAGCCGGUCAGCAUCCUCUUUGCCGACAUCGUAGGAUUCACCAAGAUGAGCGCCAACAAAUCGGCGCCGGCUCUGGUGGGUUUACUGAACGACCUGUUCGGACGCUUCGAUUACCUGUGCAAGCUAGCGCGCUGUGAGAAGAUCAGCACCCUGGGCGACUGCUACUACUGUGUGGCCGGAUGCCCGGAGCCGCUGGAGGAGCACGCCUACUGCUGCAUCGAGAUGGGACUCGGGAUGAUCCAGGCCAUCGAGCAGUUCUGCCAGGAGACGUCCGAGACGGUGGACAUGCGGGUGGGGGUCCACACGGGCACCGUGCUCUGUGGCAUCCUGGGAAUGAAACUAUUCAAGUUUGACGUCUGGUCCAACGACGUCAACCUGGCCAACCUGAUGGAGCAGCUGGGCGUAGCUGGCAAGGUUCACCUCUCUGAGGCUACGGCGGGUUUUCUGGAUGACCGCUACGAGAUAGAGGAUGGGCGGGUGACGGAACGGGCGGGGCAGAGCGUCGUCGACCAGCUCAGAGGGUUAAGAACAUAUCUGAUUUCGGGAAGAAAGAUGGGAUUCCAGUGCGGUUGUUCUCAGAAGAGUUUGGGGUGUGACCUCGACGAAACCCAGAGACCCUCCACCCGUACACACACACCUGAUCUCACACACACAUCUACGACUGAACACAAUAAGACGCUGUGUGUGUCCUGCAGUGUGAUGGUGGGUGUGGGUGGAAAUCUGAUCGCUGACGAAGCCACUCACAACGGCUGUCAGGACGAUCACAGAACCGCCAGCAACAAGUUUCCCAAGACGGUGAACGGGUUGCUGAGCCCGCUGUGUGAGGAGGGGGUUCGGGCGAGCCAGGCCUCCCUGUGUGAGAUGCUGCAGAAGGAAAGGAGCCUGGGGGCGGGGUCGACAGGAGGAGGAGCCGGAACCGCGGGGGGCGGAACCAUGGACCACUCGGCCCUCAUCCCGAUCCGCAGCAAAGGGUUCCGGGAAAGGAGCGACGUACAUUUCGUGGAAGUGGUUAAGGAGGACAGUUUGAUGAAGGAUUAUUUCUUCAAACCCCCCAUCAACAAACUGAGCCUGAACUUUCUGGAGAACUCUCUGGAGUCGGCCUACAGAAAAAGUUACCAACAAGAGGUGAUCAGCCACGCCCCGGUGAAGACGUUUGCCAGCCCCGUCUUCAGCUCCCUGCUGGAUGUGCUGCUGUCCUGCGCCGUCUUCCUCGCCCUCACCCUCGCCUGCUUCCUCUACCCGCUGGUUACCAUGGAGAUGCCCCCUGCUACCACCUUUAGCCUGGCAGUGGUGGCCGCUCUGCUGGAACUCGUCUCUCUUGUCCUGUCCAUCCGGAUGACCUUCUACCUGGACGACGUGCUGAGCUGCACCCUCUCUCUGCUGAAACUGGUGUCCGGCUGGAUCCCGCGUCAUGUGAUCGGCGCCGUGCUCGUGUCACUUCCUGCCAUCUCGGUCUUUUCACACCUGGCCUGCAGCCUUCACCCGCCCAUCCAGGUGACCAUGUUCCUGUGCAGCGCCGUCAUCAUCGCCAUCAUCCAGUACUGCAACUUCUGCCAGCUGAGCUUCUGGAUGCGCUCUGUCCUCGCCACCGCCGCCGGCGUCUCUCUGCUGGCUGUGCUGUACAGCGCCCCCGCCAGGCCGAGCAGCAGCAGUGGCGCUGAUGUUCCAGUGAACCUGAGUAACGUGAGUGUGGAUGCUGAUUGGACGAGCAGGGUGGAAGCCUCAGCUCUGGAUCUGAUGGUUCCCGAGGCCCUGCUGUCCUUCUUCCUGCUGCUGCUUCUGGUCUGGUUCCUGAACCGCGAGGUGGAGGUCAGUUACCGGCUGCAUUACCACGGCAACGUGGAGGCCGACAAGCACCGCAUCAAGAUCCAGACCAUGCGAGACCAGGCCGACUGGCUGCUGCACAACAUCAUCCCCAUGCACGUGGUGGAGCAGCUGAAGGUCACGCGGAGCUACUCCAAGAACCACGACAACGUGGGCGUGAUCUUCGCCAGCAUCGUCAACUUCAGCGAGUUCUACGAGGAGAGCUUCGAGGGCGGCAAGGAGUGCUACCGCGUCCUGAACGAGCUCAUCGGCGACUUCGACGAGCUGCUGCGCAAGCCGGCGUUCUCCAGCGUGGAGAAGAUCAAGACCAUCGGCGCCACCUACAUGGCGGCGUCGGGGCUGAACGGGCGGCAGUGCCGCGGGCAGGCCGACCCCCGCGCCCACCUGCGCGCCCUGUUCGAGUUCGUGCUGGAGAUGAUGCACGUGGUGGACGACUUCAACAAGAACAUGCUGGGCUUCCAGUUCAAGCUGCGCAUCGGGUUCAAUCACGGCCCGCUGACCGCCGGCGUCAUCGGGACCAACAAGCUCCUGUACGACAUCUGGGGCGACACGGUAAACAUCGCCAGUCGCAUGGACAGCACCGGCGUGGAGUGCCGCAUUCAGGUGAGUGAAGAGAGCCACGCUGUGCUUAGCACCAUGGACUACGCCUUCAACUACCGCGGCACCGUUAACGUCAAGGGGAAGGGCCAGAUGAGGACCUACCUGUACCCCAAGCUCGACAGAACCGGAGACGAGCACAUCUCCGAGCCUCAGGGCAAACAGACCGCAGGGGACACCUACGUACCCCCUGAUCCAGCCAACCACCGCUCUUCUUCUUCACCCUGCACUAAUCCCUGUCCCGCUAACUCCGGGGCGCCACAGGGACCUGUCCUAGGACCGUCAAAGUUGUCAGAAGAAUGCCACAAAGACACUUUUAGAGACCGCUUGGUGACGGGCGGUGCUCCGGAGAGGUCCGGUUCCUCUCCUGAAGCAGUUUUUGGUGGCACCCAGCCACCGUCGAUAGCACACGUUAGCGCACCGCUAGCCAGACCAGAGACGCCUUUACAGGCAGCGGAGGAGAACGAGGAGCAGGAGGAGGAGAACGAACGGUCCAGGCUCCGGUCAGGGGAAAGGCUUUGAUCUGGCCAGUAGCUGCUGAUAUUUCUGCCUGGUGUAUGGAUCACUAGAGCAGGAGGGCGUAUUACCGAGGGUCACCUCCCGAGGUGCCUUAACGUUCCCGUUAGGUUUCGAGCUCUUGUGAAGGUCGGAGGUUAUUAGGGGGUGA